CGUAAAAAUGAUAUCAGCAUCACCCGAUGAUGCAUCUAUACCCACCAAAACUACAGCUCCAUUCUAUACGGCUUCUAGCAUGUUGCCUCAUUUACAAAAUCAAGAAUUUUUUAACGCCAUAGAAUCUAGAUAUAGUAUCGCUGGUCCAUUUGCAGUAGACCAACAACAACAAAUAAAACUAAACUUUCAAGUGUCUGUUCCACUAAAAUUAAAUGUACAACCAAAAAAGAAGUUCGAUAUAAACGUUGACUCGGUUAACAUCUCUCAAUUACUUCUAUUAAUGAAUAAUGGGAUUUUGCUAGUUGAUGUACGAUCCUUUGUAAAGUAUUCACAAUUUCAUAUCCGCACCUCUAUAAAUAUUGCUGCUCCAAACACCAUAUUAAAAAGACCGAGUUUUACGCUGGAUAAAGUCUCUGGUGUGAUAAUAUCAGAGCGAGACCGUCGGUCUUGGGAAAACUCUAUCCAAAAUGACAAGGCACAUAUAAUAUUUUAUGAUCAACAGUCGGAUAACAUCACCGAUAGUAGUGCUAUCUACUACCUGUGUUUGAAGUUAAGGGAAAUCGGCCACCAAGGUGUGCUGGGAUUUUUAAAAGGCGGAAUGAGUGCAUUUUUCAAAGAUCAUCCUAACCAUUGUACCAGUGGGAAAGAAUCUUCAACUGCAAUGACAUCAUCCUUAUCGUCGCCCAGUGUACCGCCUACACCUGGACUCUCAGGUCUUCCUCCAGUUGUUCUAGGCUCUUGUUUAAGCAACCGAAGAUUGAAGAAAAGGCCCAUCGAAGGUCUCCAUUUAGGUAGUUUGCCGCAACCAAUAAUGACACCAUCAACUGUUUCUUUUACAAACGACGCAUUUAAUCCGUUUUUUUCUAACAUUCGUCAAAAUAUGGAAUUAUGUCAUGGAAGCAUCAAAGAACGUUUCCCUGUCCGAUUUCCAAAAUUAGUUGAAUAUGAUCCUGAUACUGGUCUUGUUCAAUUUAGCAAUACCGAUCAGAAAAUGAGGGAUUGUAGCGACUUACCCAACGUAAUACCUCCUUGGAUGCGAAAAGCGAUCGAUCCCGAGCUUGGACCAAAAAAUAUAGCCGAAUCAUACGAGAUCAUCGAAAGGCUCGAACAAAAAAGACUUCAGCAAGUUAUGGCACAUCAUUCCAAAAUCAGCAAUAAUUUCAUAGAGCACCCAUUCAGUAUUGUGGCUGGUAUAGAAAAAGGAACAUUGAAUCGUUAUACAAAUGUGUGGCCAUUUGAAUAUACACGUGUAAAGUUAAAUCAAAAUGGUUCUCAAUUAAAUGACUACAUAAAUGCAAGUUUUAUUCAAUAUGUUGACUGCGAUACCGCACAUAUAUCUACUCCAUCUGCCCUAACAAAUGAAGUCCCCAAAGUAUUGAGUCUAGACGAACAAGACAAGACAUGUGCAUCCGAUAGACGUUACAGAAGAUAUAUAUCGACACAAGGGCCAUUACCUACUACUUUCAAUGAUUUCUGGGAAGUUGUUUGGGAGCAGAACACAAGAGUUAUAGUAAUGCUUACGAAGGAGGAAGAGAUGAAUAGAAUUAAAUGUCAUAGAUACUGGCCAUCAGAAAUAAAUAAGGUAGAGGCAUUUGGACCAACUCAUCUAACAUUGCUAUCCGAAAUUGAAUUCCCUUCAAAAGCGGUUACAACAGAUGGUAGCAUACCAGAUUUAGAAGAAGGAUAUAUAGUACGUCGAUUUCAAUUAGAGCAAAACGGUGAGAUUAGAAUAGUGCAUCAUUUCCAGUAUAAAGGUUGGCAAGACUUUGGUGUACCCAAUGAUCCUUUAGGUACGCUUGAAUUGGUCUCCUUGGUUGACCAAGAACAGAUUAAGUACGAAAACAUGCUGGAUAACGUUGGCCCUAUGAUAGUGCAUUGUUCGGCUGGUUGUGGCCGCACAGGUGCAUUCUGCACUAUUGAUACAAUCAUAUCGAGAAUGAAAGGUAGACAUUAUUUGAAUAAUGAAGAGCGAUCAGGUGAGAUUGAUUUGAUAUUCCAAACGGUCUCCAAAUUUCGGGAGCAGCGUGUAAGCAUGGUGCAGACAUUAAGGCAAUAUGUAUUCUGUUACGAAGCGAUACUUUGGUGGAUGCUUGGCUACGAAUAAGACAACGGAAAUUUUUUUUUUUAAAAAUAAAAACCUAUCCAAUAGAACAAGUGAAACUCCUUGUGGGUAUUGUCUAAAUUA